AUGGCCCUCCAGACUAGGCCAGAACCGAUGAAUGCAUCGCCAUAUCAUUCUAAAGUCAAAGUCUCACUCAUAUUGUCCGACCCCACCUUCGUAGCAGGCAGCAAUGUAUCUGGUAAAAUGGAACUAGAAUGCCGUGCAGACAUGGACUCAGGUCUAGGUAUUGGCGUUAUAAUGGUUGAAUUAUUUGCUAUCCAAGAAAUAACGGCCCGCGACCAUUCAGCAACGUCUACUUUUAUUCACACUCGUCGCCUUUUCCAGGGCCCAAAUCUUCCCCCAUCCAAUGCCGUUCUCACGGAACACGAAGUCCAGCUAGACCCAUCCGAUCCACCUCUGCCAACACACCAUUACCCUGCACGGCGUGGGCUCACCACUUUCUUUUUUCGCUUUCCCAUACCCCCUACCUCCCCGUCUUCCAUUGCCUUUGGAGAUGCAAGCAUUAGAUACGAAGUCCGCGCAAGCGUCGGCGUUGCGUGGAGAGGUGAGAAAAGAGUUGUCACAGACAAAAAGGAUGUCAGCAUUGUGGAGGGAUGGGAGGCCUCUCUAACAAGGGCAGUGCAUCCUGAAGGUGUAGUCCUCGCGGAUGGUGGAAGAAUGUGGGUACAAGCGAGAGUCGUUGGCGGCAUCGUCGUUGCAGGCGAAAGCGUCUGCGUUGAACUUCAACUGAAAAACCACUCUCAGAAAACAACGACAGGGGUUACCCUUACUCUCACACGCACCCUCCACCUAUCACAUCCCCCACCCGAUAAACCCCACCUGGGCACAUCUGAAACGCUCACAAGUGUUGCAUUCAUUACUUCCGACUAUAUCGUCCCACCAGGUUCUGAGGGUGUCGCGCAUCUCGUCGUCGACGUUCCUCGCACAGCUCGUGGUGCGAGAGGUGGAGUGCGGGUGGGUGGAGAUAGCGAGGACGGGACUGGGAGAAGGGUAGAGGGAAAAGGAGUGAGUUUAACGGAUGCCCUUUUCGAAGUUCGUUGUGUUCUCAGCGUAAAAGUUGAGAUGCCCCUUGGCACACAACCCAUUAUCCUGGAUCUCCCCGUCACUAUAUUUCAUCCUUUGGCAGCCCCGAUAGCACCGUUACCGCUUUCACCCCCUCAAUUCACCUCCCCUCCCCCGGAGCAGGCCUACUACCCACCAGGACUCCCUUAUCCUAUUUCAGAAACUGGUUAUCCCAUCAUGGAGAGCAACUACCUCGGAGAACGCGCAUAUGCUCAUGCCCUUUCCCCACCUCCAAUUUCCAGCCUUUCCCCAGUUCCUUAUCCUCCACACACUCACCAGAUGUAUGCGAAUCCAACGCCAGGCUGGACUUCCCCUCAGCACGCGGACUAUAACUAUCACCCUUAUCCGAAUCCAACGGUAGAUCCCUCCGUGCAGUACCAACAUCAUCAGGCUUUCCCGCCCUAUCCUGUUCCCCUUUCUCCUCAUUAUGCGCAUGGUCAGCUUUCUCCGCCAGGGCAGCCUUACCUAUCUCCCGGUCUCUCCCCUAUUGAUUCCUUGAGCGGCGGCGCAUCACCCGCCGCCAAUUCGAAUCAAGCUAUCUCUGACCAUGAUAUUCCGUUUUCUGAGCCUCUUCCUGGACCUCUCCCUCAGUCCGCGCAACCAUACCAAUCUCCCAUCUCCGCAAGUCUCUCAAUCACCAUCCCUCCUCUGCCGAAUCCACAUGAUACCCAGGGAGUCAUCCACUCUCCGCGUCCAGCGCCCUCUCCAAAGCACUCCACUCAUACUGUAUCUAUCCCUGUAGCCCUUCCAGCUGUCGAUACUUCGACCUCCAUUGCGAAUGCCGACUCCCACACGUCCAACACUAAUGUAUCCACUUCCCCCCAUUCUCAUGCUUAUGCAUAUGCGUACACCACUGAAGCUACUAAAUCAUCCCGUGUACGCGCACUCGAGAAGAUGGCGGACGACGUAGCGAGGAAAAGUCAAGACUUGAGCGGCGAUCUGCCCAAGGCGCAGGUCAACGGUGGGGAUAAUACGGGAGUGGAUGCUUUGAGCGGGAAAGAGGAAGAGAAGGAGGGCAAAGAAAAAACCCUCCCGUCUCCUCCUGUCCCCUCUACGAAAGAUCGAUUACUGGCUCUUUCAGGUCGACGUCCACGCGUAGAUGAUAUCUUCUCUGCACCUGAAGCCGACGCCGACGCCAGUACCACCCCACCCACGCCGCCUCUCGCUGCCAUCACACCCGUCAAAUUCACUCGACUCGCCCCAACCAUGACAAUGACCGAAAUGACCUCAGGUUUGGGUGCUGGGGCGGGUAAGCAAAAGGCCACCGCUCUGACAGUGCCGGAAGAAAGCGGUCUUGACGCCCUGGAACGACGGUUACUCGCCGAGGUUGGAACACGGAAGCUCGAAAGGGAUACUAUGCGACCUGACGCGAGAGCCGUCGUACACCCUACAGCAAGGGCCGCCGUCAUGCCCAUCACGAUACCACCCUCGACAAACGGGGUAUUAGUGGAGGGUGUCAACGAUAGCGCAAUAUCGAGUCUGACACUCGCAGGUGGGAAGAGUAGUGAGGAGAAGGGAGGGAUGGGUUUCGGAUUGGGGGAUAGAAGAGGGUGGGAAAGUGAGCUGGAGCAUGAACAUGAGUACGAGAACGAGAACGAGCAGGAUCGGGAUUCGGAUGAGCGGACACAGCAGCCUGGUGGAAGGUUCAGCGAGGAUGGAAAGGAUGUACAAGGGAGACGGAGGAAGUCACACGAGUACUUUGACAGGGCGGCAGAUAAGUUUCAGGACAGGAGCGGGAACAAGGACAAAGACAAGGAUAAAGACAGGGAUAGCAGUGGCGAUACAGAUAUACAAAAGCGCACAGGCAGACGGAAGUUCCGGGAGCUGGAGAAAGGUCCCAAGGGCGAGGAAGUGCACAAGUUGCGCAAAGAGGCAAAAGGCCGGAUCGCCGCAUGGCUGGGACAGAUCGACCCUGCCGUUCCUCCACCAGCUGUGGACGACUCGUCCCCGAUGCCAUCGCCAUCAGUAUCCCAUUUCGUUCCUAUCGUCGCCAAGGAAUCUUUCCCCCCACCUCCCCUCACCCCCGUGACUGCAGUGGAGAAGCCUGUCGGUGCCGAUCAGGGCGGCGUUCAGAAGGAAGAUGUAUCCGCCUCUCCGAAUCCUCGUUCGUCUGGGUUCGUGCCUAUCGCGACAUUGAAGAUGACCGCGACGCCCACGUCAGCGGACAAGUCAUCGACGCGCUCUCCAGUCGAGGCCAUGGCCAAAAUGGGCCCGCCAGCUUCCCAUCACACCCACACCAAGAAACCGUCACCCACCCUCCCCUUCGCACCCCCCAAAUCCAACAAGUCGCCCGACCCUCCACCCGCAGCAGACAAACGACCCGUCCCGACGAAACAGCCCGCCAACGCCAACGCCUUCCUCUCACCCUCUCACCACCGCGGCCUCUCCCCACGUCUACCCCGAUUCCCGGCACAGCCCCCGGAUCCAGAGGUCAAGUACGACAUCCGUUCCGCGCGAGGAGGCAGGGGCGGCAAG